AUGGACACAAAUCUAGAAGAGAACUAUUUGUCAAAUGGCAGACCUAAAGCUAGGAAACGCAUACUUGCUGGAAAACGUAUCAUCGCUGGACAAAGAGCAAGUAAAGGGCAAUGGCCUUGGCAGAUAUUGUUACUGAAACGAUAUAAACCAAAGUGUGGUGCGUCGAUACUGUCGCCGUACUGGGUGAUUACAGCUGCACAUUGCGUUAUAGACCGCAAUACUAAAACAACCUACCUGCCUUCUUAUUUCACUGUUAGAAAGUUCUCUAAACUAAUCAAAGUUUAUAAUGCAGUUGUAGCUCCCUCUAUUAUUCAAAUCAAAAAUAUUUCAUUCCAGUAUCAUAAUUUAAGUAAUGUGAGAUAUCGUCGAUUCAAGUCCAAUGAAUGGCAAUACCGGAGAGUAUUGAUCGACGUCAAAGUAUUGCCCGAGCUUGUGAGGGCAAUACGUGACAGAGGUCAAUAUUCGAAGCGGGCAAUACCGUGGAAUAUUGCCCGCUAUGGCGUAACUUCUAAACAAUCACAUUGCACGAUUUUCGAAAAUAUCGAUGCCGCCCUUUUACCCGGGGCUGGUGAAUAUGAUACUAAAGUAAUCGAAGAAACAGAACAAGAAAUAGGAAUAACUGAGAUUAUUACUCAUCCUGAGUUUGAGUUGACAACCUAUCAUAGCGAUGUAGCGUUAAUUAAACUUUCUAAACCAAUUAAAUUUAAUAAAUUUGUAAAGCCUAUUCGAUUACCAAAACUACCUGCAAAAGUUGAAGACCAAUGUUUUGCAACAGGUUGGGGAAGAAUAACAAAUUCUGUAGGAUGCAUGCACAACAUGUUACAGCAAGCUAAAAUACCUAUUAUUGACACUCAGUCCUUUAUGAAGAUGACUUCGCAAUAUAUAGUCGGACCCCACAAUCUAUGUUCAGGAGUAGGACAUGGUAGGGCAAGUGCCAGCCCAGGGGACAGUGGUGGACCAUUUGCAUGUUUAUCCGGUAAAACGUGGUAUUUGCAAGGUGUAGUGAGUUGGGGAACAUGUAGCGAAUAUACAGUGCAUGCGAAUAUAUUUUAUUUUAAAGAUUGGAUACUUCAACAAAUACAAAAUAACCAAAGUUAACAUUUUCAGUUUUAAGUUAACUAAUAAAUUAUUCGGCGGCAAAAUAUUCGUCACCUAGGGUGGAUUUUAUUAUUUUUGUCCAUUUUUUAAUUUUCUUGUUUACAUUUGCAUUCAAUUACAGCUUUUGCACUUGUCUUCGCAGAAAUGCCAAUUAAAUAGAUUUUGACAUUGAAUGCGCUAACAAUAU